UUAGAAUGGAACAAAAAAGAAUCUACAAUAAACACGAAGAAGCUGAGCGAAGGCAAGAAGAACAUCGUGAAACAGAGAGGGCUUUUCAGCAACAAGAGGAAUUUAUGCAGGCAUCGCAGAAGCAACCGGAACUGCAAACAGUGCCAGGUCACGGUGGUCGUGAGGUACCAGAAGCUUUACAGGGCCAGCAACCUGUAGAGAUGGGGAUAAAACAGGAAAUAGAGACAGAGGACACGCAGAGUGGGAAGCAGACACGAGAAGCCACCGAGAAAGUGAAGAAUGAAGAAGAGCAGAUGAUGGCUGUGUUAGGAAAACAGAGACAGGAAGAGAUGAAGCUAAUGGCAGAGACAUAUGCCAUGCAGAAAAAGGCCGAGCAAGCAGCGAAGCUAGAGGCUGUGGAACGACAAAGACAAGAUGAGCUAAAAUUGCUGUUGGAGCAAAAGGCUUGGGUGAUGAAGAAUAAGCUAGAGAGCGAAGGCCAAGCUGAAUACGGUGAUCCGAAAAUGGUGGCCGACAUAGAAGCUAUGUAUCAGCAAGUCAAGAUCCCAUCAUAUGAUAGAGAUGCCCUACGGUUCUUGUGGCGUGAUGGUGCGGGAGACGUGAUCCAUUAUCGCAUGACCUCACACGUAUUUGGGGGAGUAUGGUGCGCCAGCAGUUCGACAUACGCUUUACGACGCACGGUAAAGAACCAUGGAGAUGUCGACCCUGCGAUAAGUGACACAGUAACUAGAUCGUUCUACGUCGACGACUGCCUCAAUCGAGACCUUCUCGCGAGCAUACCGGUGAGUGAUCGAGCAAAUGGAGUAAAGGACUUGUGCCCUAGUGCAGAGAGGAAAGCGUUAGGGAUUAAGUGGAACGUUGAGACCGAUGAGUUUGUUUUUGAAGUGAAGGAAAAACAAGGUGGCGUGGUGACGAGACGCCGCAUGUUAAGCCUGAUUUCGUCAGUGUUUGACCCUCUGGGCCUGAUUAGUCCUAUGGUGAUAACAGGAAAAAUCCUCUUCCAGGAAGCCACGAGACUGAAGCUAUCGUGGGAUGAUGAAGUGCCCAUAGAUCUCGGUAGGAAAUGGGAAAUAUGGCAGGGAACACUACUAGACCUGAGACCUAUAAGCGUAGCAAGAUGUAUCGUGCCGACCGAAUCACGUGACGCAGUAUGUGAACUACAUCACUUCAGUGACGCCAGUGAGAAGGCGUACGGAUGUUGUACUUAUAUGAGAUGUAUAAGUAAGCAAGGCAGAAUACACACCGCCUUAGUAAUGAGCAAAGGUAGGGUGGCGCCGAUAAAACAACUUACGAUCCCACGCUUGGAGCUGCAAGCUGCAGUGUUAUCAGCGAAGGUGGACUGUCUAUUGAGGCGAGAGUUGGAGCUCUGCAUAACCAAGUCAUAUUUUUGGACUGACAGUGAACUGGUUUUGAAAUACAUUAAGAAUGAAGCACGGAGGUUCCAAGUAUUCGUAGGCAACAGGAUCAGUACAAUCCGACAGCUGACAGAACCUGAUCAAUGGUAUUAUAUUGCGAGUGAAGAUAAUCCGGCUGAUGUAAUAACAAGAGGAGAAGCAGCUGGGCGACUGGACACCGGAAAGUGGUUUGAAGGCGUUAGCAUGUUAAAAACGUAUAAAGCUGAGUGGAAUAUGCAACGGAUAGACGGUGAGGUAUCAUCGCAUGAUCCAGAGGUGAAGCAUGACGCAAAAAACGAAAGAAGCCAGUCGUUUGCCUCAAGAAUCUGUGAAAAAAGGAUAAACCUCGCGGCUACCCCGAGUAUGAGGGAAAGCCCGCUAGAUAGGCUCAUGCAUCAUUACUCUAGCUGGUAUAGGCUUAAGAGGGCUCUGUGUUGGUGGAUCAGGAUAAAGGAUAAGCUAAAGAGCAAAGG